AUGGAAGCGGUGCCGGGGCUGGGCUGGGGCUGGGCGGUGCUGGUGCUGCUCUUCGCUGCCUCCCUGCUCACCGUCUCGGCCUGGCUGCUGCAGCUCUCCCGGAGCCUAUGGCGCGGCCGCAGACGGUCGGCAGGAGCCCCGCGGAGCCAGGCGGCCCCCGCCGGCCUCUGGGCGGCCGUGCUGCGCCUGGGCAGAGCCCGCGAGGGCGCGGGGAGCUCUCCGGCGGCUGGGCCCCGCGGCUUGCUCGCCUCUCUCUUUGCCUUCCGCGCCUUCCGCGAGAACUGGCAGCGAGCCUGGCUGCGCGCCCUCAACGACCAGGCCCGCCAGCACGGGAGCUCAGUCCAGAUCACGUUUGAGGAAAGCCCUCGGCAGUUGCCAGCCGUAACUAUCAGCCACGUGGUCUACACUGACGAGUCGGAUCACAGGAUGGUGUUGCAGUGCCUCCUUUCAACUGACACGGUGCAGUUCCCUGUCUUGGUGGCCCAGCAGUCUCCGGCAGCGGUCUCUAUGGACACCUAUUGUGUCUCCCUGGCUGUACGGCAGGCCCAGUUGGAGAUCCGCCUGGAGGAGGUGGAGGCCGAGGGGCUGCUGGUCUCCUGGGCAUUCACAGACAAGCCCGACUGGAAGAUCUCCCUCCCGCCGAGACUCCAGCCGCACAGUGAAAACGAUGGCAAGGCAGACCUGUCUAUCAUCAAGAAUCUGAUUGAAGACUCCAUUAUUAGCACCCAGCCAGCCAUGAUGGUGAAUCUGAAGGCCUGCAUUAUGAAUGCCAACAUGGAGCCCAGCAGCAGGCUUUCCCCGGGAUCCCUCUCCAGCUCAGUGCCUGCCCUGAUGCCCAAGCUGCUGCUCCAGAACCUGCGAGCUCUGCACCUGGGAUCCCAGGAGAGCCAAGGAAAUGGGCUGCUGUGUUGUGAAGUGGAGCUGGAUAGCCCUCGGCAGCAGAAGAGAACAGGCUCUGUGCCGGCCGGGCCGGCUGCUGAGGUGGAGUGGCCCAGCAAGCUGCUUCUGGAGCUUGGUCCCCGGAGCAAAGAGUUGGUGCUGAGAGUGUUUGAAGGCAGCACUUUUGGAGAGGAUGUGCUUCUGGGAUUUGUGGCUGUCCCCAUAGACCCCUCCUCCAAAGAGCCGCAGGGGCAGCAGCUCUACCUGCUGAGUCCAGGGGCUCCCAAGGGUCUGCCCCCAGCAGCAGCCAUUGCCGUGGAGCUGCUCCACCAGGACAUGCCAGAGCUCCAGGCUGCCUCCUCCCUGCGCACCAGCAUCACUCCCACUAAGAAGAUCGAGAUGGGCCGGACCAUAAUGCCCGAUGGCACUAUUGUCACCACCGUCACCACCAUCCAGUCCAGGCCCAAACUGGACUGUAAGCUUGAUUCACCCUCAAGAUCUCCAUCCAAAGUGGAAGUUACAGAGAAGGUCACCACGAUGCUUCCAGAAAAUGGCUGUCCUAGCAGAACAUCUCCCUGCAGUAGCAGAAGCAGCUGUGUGUCCAACGGCCUGGAUCCAGUGGCCGAGACAGCCAUCAGGCAGCUGACGGAUCUGACCAAUAAGCCUGCAAAGAGGACUCCAACCAAGCGUAGUACACUGAUCAUCUCAGGAGUUUCCAAGGUACCCAUAGCACAGGACGAAAUGGCCCUCUCCCUUGGCUACACCGUGUCACUGGGGAAUCCCCUGCAAGAAGACCCCAUCAUGGCUGGUCUGUCAGAAUACACGCCGCCAAGCAUCUGCGAUGCCACACAACAGCUGGAAAGUUCAUACUCGCCUCAGACGGCGAGCCAGGAUCUGGACGAAACAACACAUUCAGACAUCUCUGAGAGACCCUCAGUGGAUGACAUGGAAUCUGAAACUGGCUCGACAGGUGCCCUGGAGACCCGGAGUCUGAAAGACCACAAAGUGGGUUUCCUGCGAAGUGGCACCAAACUGAUCUUCCGGAGGAAGAACAAACAGAAGGAGGCAGGCCUCAGCCAGUCGCAUGAUGACUUGCCCAACGCCAGCAGCGCCUCCGCCCCCAGGAAGAAAUCCGGAAGCUUCUCGCGGCGCCUCAUCAAGCGCUUCUCCUUCAAGGGCCGGGCAAAGAGCAAAGCCAACGGGAGCACCCCGUCGGUGGAGAAGCCCUGAGGAGCUGCUGCGUUGGCUGUCUCCAGAAGCCCCCGACCGUCGCUAAUGGUUGUCUGCUGUCUGUGCACUGUGGCCCCAAUCCCCCCGUCCUCCUGUGCAAAGGGAGUGAAGGCCUGGGGGCAGGUGGGUCGGUGGGAAGUCUUGCCAAUAGCCAUAGGAAACGGACGCUUGGUGGAAUGAGGAGUGUAAUAUACUGCUCUGAG